UUUUGUUGUCUGUAUGAACAAAAAUAUUUUCUUUCCUCCUUUUUUUUUAUUUUUUUAGAAACAAGAAAUAGCCUUAAUCCACCCUGUUAUUCCACCUUUCUUGAUUCUGGUAGGCGUCAAUUUCAAUUCCCAAUCGAAAUGAAUUUCUGCGGAAAAUGAAGCAAUUUCGUCUCGAAUUCUUGCACAGUUUCCGCCAGAUCCUGUAUACUCUCCAUAACAAAGCUCCAUUGAUUCUUCUUCAACCAGCUCCUUCCUCCUACCAUAGUCAAUCUCUCUCUCUCUCUCUCUCUUCGUUUUCAUGUGAAUUGCCUGGUUUCUAGGGAUUUCUACUCCGAUCUUUCUGCUUUAGCUGGUUUACUUCUGGGGUUCUGCCUAUGGUAACCGAGCGUGCUCAAGCAGCGAUCUCCUUCGUGUCAGUUGUCAAGAGGGGUUUUUGCCUACAAGCUUGAGCUGUUGGAGGAAGAUCAGACUCUGCGAGUCACUGCGAUUGGAGAUUCAUCGGAGCUUCACUAAAGGGGGUUGUGAAGUUAAUGCUAGCUAAGUGAUUAUGGUGAGCAUGGUCAAAGACGGGAAAGCAGGAAGUGCUGCUAAGCUAAUAGUUGAUGCUUUGCUUCAGCGGUUCCUCCCCCUCGCGCGGCGUCGAAUCGAAACCGCACAAGCUCAGGAUGGACAAUAUCUUCGACCAUCGGACCCUGCCUACGAGCAAGUGCUGGAUUCCUUGGCUAUGGUUGCGAGACACACGCCUGUGCCUCUUUUAGAGGCUCUUCUUCGAUGGAGAGAAAGCGAAUCACCGAAGGGUGCAAAUGACGCAUCUACUUUCCAAAGAAAGCUUGCAGUUGAGUGUAUAUUUUGCUCAGCAUGUAUUCGCUUUGUGGAGUGCUGCCCUCAGGAAGGGCUUACAGAGAAGCUUUGGUCUGGGCUUGAAAACUUCGUUUUUGAUUGGCUAAUUAAUGCUGACAGGGUUGUUAGCCAGGUUGAAUAUCCGUCGUUAGUUGAUUUGCGGGGGCUUCUUUUGGAUCUUGUUGCACAACUUUUAGGUGCUUUGUCUCGCAUCAGGUUUAGUUCUGUGACUGAACGCUUCUUCAUGGAACUCAAUACGCGUAGGAUUGACACCAGUGUUGCUCGAAGUGAAACUCUUAGUAUCAUCAAUGGGAUGCGCUACCUUAAGCUUGGGGUUAAGACAGAGGGUGGACUGAAUGCAUCUGCCUCCUUUGUGGCUAAAGCCAACCCUCUCAAUCGUGCUCCACAUAAGCGUAAAAGCGAGCUUCAUCAUGCACUCUGCAACAUGCUUUCAAACAUCCUUGCUCCACUGGCAGAUGGCGGCAAAGGCCAAUGGCCUCCUUCUGGUGUUGAACGUGCACUUACCUUAUGGUAUGAAGCUGUUGGACGAAUUCGAGCACAGCUUAUGCAUUGGAUGGACAAACAGAGCAAACACAUUACUGUUGGUUAUCCACUGGUCACUCUUCUACUUUGUCUUGGUGACCCUCAAAUAUUUCACAACAACUUAAGUCCCCACAUGGAGCAACUCUACAAGCUUCUUAGAGACAAGAAUCAUCGAUUUAUGGCCUUGGACUGUCUUCAUCGGGUUUUGAGGUUUUACUUGAGUGUUCAUGCAGCUAAUCAGGCACCAAAUCGUAUAUGGGACUACUUAGACAGUGUGACAUCUCAACUCCUUACAGUUCUAAAGAAAGGAUUGCUUACUCAAGAUGUUCAACACGAUAAACUAGUUGAAUUUUGCGUGACUAUUGCGGAGCACAAUCUUGAUUUUGCCAUGAACCACUUGUUGUUGGAAUUAUUAAAACAAGAUAGUUCUGGUGAGGCAAAAGUUAUUGGUCUUCGUGCUCUCCUUGCCAUUGUUACGUCUCCUUCAGGCCAGCACAUUGGUUUGGAGAUAUUUAGAGGUCAUGAUAUUGGCCACUAUAUUCCCAAGGUGAAGGCAGCAAUUGAAUCGAUUUUAAGGUCUUGUCAUAGAACCUACAGUCAGGCUCUUCUAACUUCUUCAAGGACCAACAUUGAUUCUGUAACAAAGGAGAAGUCCCAAGGAUAUCUAUUCCGUUCAGUCCUGAAGUGUAUACCAUAUUUGAUCGAAGAAGUUGGAAGAAGUGAUAAAAUAACUGAGAUAAUACCUCAGCAUGGAAUUAGUAUUGAUCCUGGUGUUCGUGAAGAAGCAGUUCAGGUACUGAACAGGAUAGUUAGAUAUCUUCCUCAUCGUCGCUUUGCAGUGAUGCGAGGGAUGGCUAACUUCAUUCUACGGCUUCCUGAUGAAUUUCCACUUCUUAUACAAACAUCACUGGGGCGCUUAUUGGAACUUAUGCGCUUUUGGAGAGCUUGUUUGAUUGAGGAUCGUUUGGAAAAUGAUGUGCAUGAUGAAAAGCGUACUGUUCAAAGAACUGAUGGAUUCAAGAAGCCAUCAUUUUGCCAGUCGGGAGAAGUAGCUGAAUUUCGUGCUUCAGAGAUAGAUGCAGUUGGUUUGAUCUUCCUUAGUUCUGUGGAUAGUCAAAUUAGGCAUACCGCAUUGGAGUUAUUACGCUGUGUGCGUGCCUUGCGGAACGACAUUCAAGACCUUGCAAUACUUGACCAACCAGAUUAUACUCUUAAAUAUGAAGCCGAGCCAAUAUUUAUUAUAGAUGUCCUAGAGGAGCAUGGGGAUGACAUCGUUCAAAAUUGUUACUGGGAUACGGGGCGUCCGUUUGAUUUGAAACGAGAAUCUGAUACAAUCCCUCCAGAUGUUACUCUUCAGUCCAUAAUAUUUGAAAGCCCCGAUAAGAACAGGUGGGCACGUUCUCUUAGUGAGUUGGUUAAGUAUGCUUCUGAGCUGUGCCCAAGUUCUGUUCAGGAAGCGAGGGUUGAGGUUUUGCAACGUCUUGCUCAUGUCACACCAGUUGAUUUAGGUGGAAAGGCUCAUCCAUCCCAAGAUUCAGACAACAAAUUGGAUCAGUGGCUAAUGUAUGCCAUGUUCUUAUGUUCAUGCCCGCCAGGUCCCAGAGAAAGUCCUGCCACGGGAAAAGCGAAAGAUCUUUAUCACCUUAUUUUCCCUUCAAUAAAAUCUGGAUCAGAAGCACAUGUGCAUGCAGCCACCAUGGCUCUUGGCCACUCGCAUUUUGAAGCUUGUGAGUUAAUGUUCAGUGAGCUUGCAUCUUUUAUUGAUGAGGUUUCCUUGGAGACAGAGGGAAAGCCAAAGUGGAAGAGCCAAAAGCCACGCCGUGAGGAGCUUCGUACUCACAUUUCAAAUAUUUAUCGUACUGUUGCGGAGAAAAUCUGGCCGGGCAUGCUGGCCCGUAAAUCAGUUUUCCGUCGGCAUUAUCUCAAGUUCAUUGAUGACACAACCAAACAAAUCUUGACAGCACCUAUGGAGAGCUUCCAGGAAAUGCAACCUCUUCGUUAUUCACUUGCUUCUGUUCUGAGAUCUCUAGCCCCAGAAUUUGUGGAGUCAAGGUCAGAGAAGUUUGACCUUAGAACUAGAAAGCGACUAUUUGAUCUUCUACUCUCCUGGUCUGAUGAUACAGGUGGAACAUGGGGCCAGGAUGGUGUUAGCGAUUAUAGACGUGAGGUAGAACGUUACAAAUCUUCUCAACAUGCUCGGUCAAAAGAUUCUGUUGACAAGAUAUUAUUUGAUAAAGAACUUAGUGAACAAAUUGAAGCAAUCCAGUGGGCUUCCAUGACUGCUAUGGCUUCACUCUUGUAUGGGCCCUGCUUUGAUGAUAAUGCUAGGAAAAUGAGUGGCAGGGUCAUUUCUUGGAUAAAUAGUCUUUUUAUUGAACCUGCACCCAGGGCUCCCUUUGGUUACUCACCAGCUGAUCCUAGAACUCCAUCUUACUCUAAAUCUGUCGAAGGCAGUCGAGGCACUGCUGGUCGUGAUAGGCAACGAGGGGGUCACAACCGUGUCUCUUUAGCAAAAUUGGCUUUGAAGAAUCUCCUGCUUACAAAUUUGGACCUGUUUCCCGCUUGCAUUGAUCAGUGCUACUACUCCGAUGCUGCCAUAGCUGAUGGUUACUUCAGUGUGCUGGCAGAAGUGUAUAUGCGGCAAGAGAUACCAAAAUGUGAAAUCCAAAGACUCUUAAGCUUAAUUCUGUACAAGGUGGUGGACCCUAGUAGACAAAUCCGUGAUGAUGCCCUUCAGAUGCUUGAAACUCUUUCUGUCCGCGAAUGGGCUGAAGAUGGCACUGAGGGGUCGGGGAGCUAUCGAGCAGCCGUCGUCGGAAAUCUUCCCGAUUCAUACCAACAAUUUCAGUACAAGCUUUCUUGUAAACUUGCAAAAGAUCACCCUGAAUUGAGUCAACUCCUUUGUGAGGAGAUAAUGCAAAGGCAACUUGAUGCAGUUGACAUCAUAGCUCAACAUCAGGUUCUCACGUGCAUGGCUCCGUGGAUUGAGAACCUUAAUUUCUGGAAACUCAAAGACUCGGGCUGGAGUGAUAGACUUCUUAAAAGCCUUUACUAUGUCACAUGGCGGCAUGGGGAUCAGUUCCCAGAUGAAAUUGAAAAGCUCUGGAGCACAAUUGCUAGCAAACCAAGGAACAUAAGUCCUGUUCUGGAUUUCUUGAUCACAAAGGGAAUUGAAGAUUGUGAUUCUAAUGCAUCUGCGGAAAUAAGUGGUGCUUUUGCCACAUAUUUCUCAGUUGCAAAGCGGGUGAGUUUGUACUUAGCACGGAUAUGCCCUCAGCGUACUAUUGAUCACCUUGUCUACCAAUUAGCCCAGCGCAUGCUAGAGGACAGCAUCGAGCCAGUUGGUCUAGGUUCCAAGGGAGAUUUUGGUGGAAAUUUUGUAUUGGAAUUCUCUCAGGGGCCUCCUGUGGCUCAAGUUACUUCUGUUGUGGAUAGCCAACCACACAUGUCACCCCUACUUGUUCGUGGAUCCCUUGAUGGUCCGCUCAGGAAUGCUAGUGGGAGCUUAAGCUGGAGAACAGCUGGAGUAACUGGCCGAAGUGUCUCUGGCCCCCUAAGUCCAAUGCCUCCUGAGUUGAACAUUGUUCCAGUAAAUGCAGGUCGAUCAGGCCAGCUACUUCCAGCUUUAGUGAAUAUGUCUGGUCCUUUGAUGGGUGUUAGAAGUUCUACUGGAACUAUCCGCAGUCGGCAUGUCUCCAGGGACAGUGGUGACUAUCUCAUUGAUACGCCAAAUUCUGGUGAAGAUGGGCUUCAUUCUGGGGUUGCUGCACAUGGGGUCAGUGCUAAAGAACUACAGUCUGCACUACAGGGUCAUCAGCAGCAUUCUCUUACACAUGCUGACAUAGCAUUGAUCCUUCUCGCUGAAAUUGCAUAUGAGAAUGAUGAAGAUUUCCGUGAGCACUUGCCUCUGCUUUUUCAUGUCACUUUUGUUUCAAUGGAUAGUUCAGAAGACAUUGUUCUAGAACACUGCCAGCAAUUGCUUGUUAAUCUAUUAUAUUCACUUGCGGGCCGACACUUGGAACUUUAUGAAGUUGAAAACAAUGAUGGAGAGAACAAGCAACAGGUUGUGAGCCUGAUCAAGUAUGUUCAAUCAAAGCGCGGAAGCAUGAUGUGGGAGAAUGAAGACCCGUCUGUUGUGAGAACAGAGCUUCCUAGUGCGGCACUUCUCUCUGCACUGGUUCAGAGCAUGGUAGAUGCUAUCUUCUUCCAAGGUGAUUUGCGUGAGACUUGGGGAUCAGAGGCACUGAAAUGGGCUAUGGAAUGUACAUCGCGACACCUUGCUUGUCGCUCACACCAGAUAUACCGUGCACUGCGGCCAAGUGUUACAAGUGAUACUUGUGUGUCUCUCCUUCGUUGUCUGCAUAGAUGUCUUGGAAACCCGGUACCCCCUGUGUUAGGAUUCAUUAUGGAAAUUCUGUUGACCUUGCAGGUAAUGGUUGAGAACAUGGAGCCUGAAAAGGUGAUACUCUAUCCUCAACUCUUCUGGGGAUGUGUGGCUAUGAUGCACACAGAUUUUGUCCAUGUAUACUGCCAGGUUCUUGAGCUCUUCUCCCGUGUGAUUGAUCGUUUAUCUUUCUGGGAUAGAACAACUGAAAAUGUACUCCUUUCAAGCAUGCCUCGGGAUGAACUUGAUACUAACAACGACAUUGGAGACUUCCAACGGAUUGAAUCUAGAAUGGGCUAUGAGCUGCCUCCAUCUACUGGGAAUCUUCCAACAUUUGAAGGGGUACAGCCUCUUGUACUUAAAGGGCUGAUGUCAACUGUUAGUCAUGGUGUCUCAAUAGAGGUUCUUUCACGGAUUACGGUGCACUCAUGUGAUUCCAUAUUUGGGGAUGCGGAAACGAGACUUCUGAUGCACAUCACAGGCUUACUCCCAUGGCUCUGCCUGCAGCUCAGUAAGGAUCCACUGACAGGGCCAGCUUCACCACUCCAGCAACAGCAUCAAAAAGCAUGCUCAGUUGCAUCUAAUAUUCAUAUCUGGUGUCGAGCAAAAUCAUUGGACGAAUUAGCUACUGUUUUUAUGGCAUACUCUCGAGGUGAGAUCAAAAGUAUUGAAAUUCUUCUUGCUUGUGUCUCCCCUCUACUUUGCAACGAGUGGUUUCCAAAGCACUCUGCAUUGGCUUUUGGUCACUUACUACGUCUGCUGGAGAAAGGACCAGUCGAAUACCAGCGCGUAAUACUCCUAAUGCUGAAGGCAUUGCUCCAGCAUACUCCUGUAGAUGCUUCUCAAAGUCCACAUAUGUACGCAAUAGUCUCACAGUUGGUGGAGAGUACGUUGUGCUGGGAGGCAUUGAGUGUAUUAGAAGCACUUUUACAGAGUUGUAGUUCAAUGACAGGUCCACACCCACAUGAAAUAGGGUCCUUUGAAAAUGGACAUGGUGGAGUUGAGGAUAAGAUGCUUGCUCCUCAGACAUCGUUCAAGGCUCGCAGUGGGCCCUUACAAUAUGGCAUUGUAUCAACUUCUGGACCGGGUUCCAUCCUCGCGCCAGGGGUUUCGAAUGAAUCAGGACCCUCACCAAGAGAGGUGGCUCUGCAAAACACACGACUUAUUCUUGGGCGGGUUCUUGAUAGCUGUAUACUGGGAAAGAGGAGAGACUACAGAAGGUUGGUUCCUUUCGUCACAAGUAUUGGGAAUCCUUAACUCCACGUCUCUGUAAGUAACUUCUUUUAUGUAGAGGCAAUGUAUAUACACGUCAAGAAGUAGUUUUGUAGCUAGUCUUGAAUUAUGUUGUGUAGUUCUAGCCAUCAGAGAUCCUUUCCAUUUACAAGUCCCUAUUUAAUCUUUGUAAAUGUAAAUAUAUUUCCUUGCGAACAAUAUUAAUUUGUUUCCUCUUUCGUUCCCCUAAA